AUGGCAGAGACUCUGAUGACUACUGAAGCAUUGGUGCUCCCAGCGCUCAAAGCUCCCUUGCAGCUACAGAGAGUCCACCUGUCUCCUCUCCAGAAAGAUGAAGUACUGGUUGAGAUGCAUGCUACGGGCAUCUGCCACACAGACCUGUCGUGCAUGGAUGGGAUGCUCCCCAUCUCCACGCCCGCAGUGCUAGGUCAUGAAGGCGCAGGUGUCGUCCUCGCCGUGGGAACUGACGUCUCGCACGUCUCAAAGGGCGACAAAGUCUUGCUGAGCAUAAACGUGUGCCAGAAAUGCCCGAACUGCUUGGCUGGCCAUCCGAAUUACUGCGACCAAGGCAUGCCUCGAAACUUCGGCGGACGCAGAGUAUCUGAUGGGAGCACCACGAUAUCUAUUGACACGAACACGGAGGACGGCACGGUCCCUUGUUUCAGCAGUUUUUUCGGACAAAGUUCAUUCUCCCGGCAUGCUGUGGUGGACCAGUCCUGUGUGCUGAAGGUCCCACAGGACACGGAUCUGAGGUUGUUCGCCCCUCUGGGCUGCGGGAUCUCCACAGGCGUGGGCAGCGUGGUGAAUACACUGGACCUCAAAGAUGGCUCGAGCCUGGCGGUAUUCGGCGUUGGCAGCGUCGGCUUGAGCGUCGUCAUGGCGGGCAAGCUGAGAAAUGCAGGCACCAUCAUCGCCAUCGACCUCAAUCCCCAUCGACUAGAGGUCGCGAGGAAACUCGGGGCCACGCAUGUCGUGCAUGGCAACAGCGCAGAUGUCGUGGCCGAGGUGAAGGCACAUGCGCCAAGCGGCGUGAACUACGCCGUCGACUGCACCGGCGCCGCAAAGGUCAUUGAAACAAUGAUGGAGUGUUUGGCUGUCCGCGGCCGAGCUGCUCAAGUCGGAUUGACCGCGCCGGACGGGACGGUCCCCAUCAAAAUCCUGCAGCAUCUACUGCGGGGACAGGAAUAUGUCGGCUGCGCUGGCGGCGACUGUAUACCGGGCAAGAUGCUCCCCUACCUCGUGGAGCAGCAACAGGCCGGCAACUUCCCUCUCGAGGAGAUAGUGUCCUACUACGACGCCAAGGACCAUGCAAGGGCAUUUGAGGAUUCCAGAUCUGGCAAGGCCAUCAAGGCCGUUUUGUGUUGGACCUGA